AUGACUCCGCCGUCCUUCGCAUCGUCUCCUUCCUCGAUUCUCAGUGUGUCACGUCAGAGGACGUCUCCCAUCUGGCGUUACUGUCGGGUAGAGGAUGGGAAGGUACUGCCAGCGGCCUGGAUCGAUUCCAAAGGGACGAAAUGGUGGCAUUGCCAGCCCUGCUUCGACAAGAAACGUGAAAAGAGAUACAAUUAUUCUGGUGGAUCAUCAACUAUUGUUCACCAUUUGCGUAGGGAGCACAACAUCAUCAUACAUGGAAAAGAGGAGGUUAGGAGGGGAAGAACACAGAACCGCCUGGGAGACAUCACCACCUUCCUUGCGCAAGAAACCAUGCACUCGAACAAAAAACGCAAGGUUACACAAGAGGCAGAUGCACUUGAUCAGGCGACUAUACGCGAGCUGUACUGUCGCUACAUCGUCGCCUGCAGCCUUCCCUUUUCUCAUAUCGAGCAGCCUGCGUUCCGUGACUUUAUCCGGUAUAUCUGUCCUGCUGCAGACGAUAUCCUCCCUAUGUCUGGCUCUACAGUCAAAAAUGACUUGCAAAAGGGGUACGAGGAGAAGAAGGAGGUCGUAAAAAGAGCGCUGCAGAAUGCUCUCUCAUCUAUUCACGUUGUGCCCGACAAUUGGACGUCGCCGAAUUGUCUGGGCGUAAUUGGAUUCACAGUUCAAUUUGUUACUGAGGAUCAUGGCCUGCAGUCCUUGGUAGUGAGGAUUAAAGAACUGGAGGGACAACACAGCGGGGAGAACAUGGCAGAAGCAAUCAUGGAGUUUAUACGAGAAUAUGGCAUAGCGUCGAAGGUUGGAUAUUUUAUGAUGGAUAACGCGACCAACAUGAACACAAUAAUUGACAAGAUCUCGGACGACUUGGAGCAUGAGUUUGACGUUUUCUACGAUCCACUUCCUCACCGGCUGCGCUGUGUUGGUCACAUCAUCUGCCUAGCCGUGAUGGAAUUUCUCCUCGGAAAGCGACCGCUCACUACGGGUUUUUAUUCCGGACCAUCCGAGGAGGAAGUUGAAAACUGGAGAAAACGAGGGGCAAUAGGAAAACUACACAAUAUUGUAGUAUACAUCACUUGGACGCCACAGAGGCUUCAAACUUUUACGACCCUCAGCGAUGGUCUCAGAUUACGGCGUGACAACGACACUCGUUGGAACUCGUGGUAUAAAAUGGUUGCAUGGGCCCUUAGACCAAAAAUACGGCAAGCUGUGACCAUAUUUUGUGCGCAAGAGCCGGCUCUUCAGGAUGACACUUUGACUCAGCCUGACUGGUUAACCUUGGCCGAGAUUCACAAAUUCCUCGAGCCUUUUUACGAUGCUACAGUGGCAAACGAAGGUAUUGGGGACUCGAUCUCGGACGUGCUACCUACCAUGGACUACCUUCUGCAUCAUAUUGAGGCGGCCAAGACGGCGACCACCCUUCCUCACUUGGCUACAAUGAUGGAGACCGCCUGGGCCAAAUUGGCCGACUAUUAUGAAUUGACGGAAGAUUCACCAGUCUAUUCGGCAGCGAUCGUCUUGAACCCUUCACUGAAGUGGGCGUACAUGGAAAGAACUUGGGAAGACAAGCUUGAGUGGAUUGAGAAAGCCAAAGAGCGUGUAGGGCAGCUGUGGAGGGAGACGUACAAAUCUACAAGUUCCUGUCCCAUUCUUCGACCAAGCCCACCGCAAGAUUGCACUACAAAGCGGCUAAACGGGUACAAGAUGUGGAUGAAAGAACAGAAGUCCACAAUAUUUAACAAAGAUGAUGAUGAAUACGAGGUGUAUUGUCGCGAACCCGUGAUGACUGUAUCAGAUCCCUUGAAAUGGUGGCUAGAACCGGCUCAGAGGGGACGGUUUCCCAACUUGUCAUUAAUGGCAAUCGACAUCCUGUCAAUCCCGCCUAUGUCUACGGAGACAGAGCGUCUCUUUUCCAAAGCAAAACUCACGGUUACCGAUGUUCGAGGAUCCAUGAAUAUUGACACUCUGGAUCUUGUGGAAUGCUUGCGCUCCUGGGACCGGAGCGCUCUGAUAUUGCCCUCCGAUUGCUGCUACGUAGAUCAAGCAGGCGAUCAUACGACCCAAGAUAGCUAA